CAACUUACAGGAUGUCCUAGAAACAAUGCUUCUGCCAGUCCUCCUUUUUCAUACAACAUUCCGAAAUCUGGUUAUUCUUUCCCUAAUAACCAGCAAUUUCAGUCUGGCACGAAUAUCACACCUGCUACUGCACAAGAAACUGGUAAUGCCUCAUUGUCCUCAACUAGUUUGCAUUCUGGUUCCUUGCCUGCUCCUACUUCAAGUUCCACAGUGAAUAUAUCAUCAGCUCCUAAUGCGGGACCAAAAGCUUCAUUGGUUCCCACUGUCCCAUCUUUUAACAUGACUCCCGGAAUGCCUGGAACUCCCAGGACACCUGGCCUCCCUGGAAUAGCUCACUCAGUGCAAAUAUCUUUUAAUCCGACUGCACCAUCUGCACGUAUUGAUUCUUCUUCAGUAGCCCUUAGACCAAACAUGCAAGCAGUACCUGUUGCGUCAUCAGCAGUUCACCCACAUGUAGGUCCUCCUUACCCAUCUUUAUCUGCUAUGGGUGCUCCCUGGCUUCCAUCCCCACAGAUAGGAGGCUUACCUAGGCCACCGUUUUUGCCAUAUCCUGCUGCCUUUCCUGGUCCCUUUCCUUUGCCUGUACAUGUUAUGCCUCUCUCUUCUGUUCCUUUACCUGAUUCUCAGCCUCCUGGUGUCACUCCUGUGGGAAAUACUGUAGCAAAUUCUUUGUCUUCCGUUGGUUCUCGUCAUCAGUUGGCAGGGUCUUCAGGGAUGCAGAAAGAAUUACCUCAUCCUGGCGUUGGUACCGAUGGUAGAGCUGUUGUCAAUGAACAGUUGGAUGCCUGGACUGCCCACAAGACAGAGACAGGUGUUGUAUACUAUUAUAAUGCUUUGACCGGUGAAUCAACUUGUGAUAAGCCUCCUGGAUUUAGGGAGGAGCCUGGUAAGGUUUCUAUGCAGCCAACUCCAGUUUCAACGGUGAAUUUGACUGGAACUGAUUGGGUAUUAGUCACAACCAGUGAUGGGAAAAAGUUUUACCAUAACAGCAAAACCAAGGUAAGUAGCUGGCAGAUCCCAGAUGAAGUGAUUGAAUUGAGAAAUAAACAGGAUAGUGACGUGCCAAAAGAACAUACAAUAUCAGUGCCAAAUAAUAAUUUAAUGAUUGAAAAGGGAUCUGCACCAGUUAGUUUGAGUGCUCCAGCCAUUAACACGGGUGGUCGUGAAGCCAUGCCUUUUAAACCCUCAGUUGUGCAGGGAACAUCUUCUGCACUUGAUCUGAUUAAAAGGAAGUUGCAGGAUCCUGUUACGUCUUCGCCAAUUUCAGCACCAUCAGAAUCAAAUGGUGCAAGAGGAGUUGAGAGUACACCUAAGGGCCAGCAAAGUGAGAAUAUCGAAGAUAAGCUAAAAGACACUAAUGGAGAUGGAAACUUGUCUGAUUCCUCAUCUGAUUCCUUUUGGUUCUAUCUAUGUUCAAUUUAUAUCUUAAUGGUCAUACAUGAUUUCUAUUCUGCUUGUAGGGUCCUUCCAUUGAAGAGGGCUGCUGAAGAAAAGGCUCAAGCAGAGUGUGCUGCUGCAGCAGCUGGUUUUAAGUCCAUGCUUAAAGAGAAAGGAGAUAUUACUGUUAGUUCUCGUUGGUCCAGGGUGAAAGAUAGUCUGCGGAAUGACCCAAGGUACAAAAAUGUUAGGCAUGAGGAUAGGGAAGUUUUAUUCAAUCAGUAUAUAUCAGGACUAAAAGCUGUGGAAGAGGAAGCAGAACGAGAGGCAAAAGCUAAACGUGACGAGCAGGAAAAACUGAGGGAAAGGGAACGAGAACUGCGGAAGCGGAAGGAAAGAGAAGAGCAAGAAACAGAGAGGGUGCGACUGAAAGUUCGCAGGAAGGAGGCAGUUGCUACUUUUCAAGCUUUACUUGUGGAAACAAUUAAAGAUCCUCAGGCAUCUUGGACAGGCUCUAAGCCUAAAUUGGAGAAGGAUCCGCAAAGGCGUGCAGCCAACCCUGAUUUAGAUCCAUCUGACAUGGAUAAGCUCUUCCGGGAACAUGUAAAGAUGCUAAACGAGCGAUGUGCACAUGAGUUCAGAACUCUGUUGGCCGAAGUCUUGACUGCAGAAGCAGCGUCCCAAGAGACAGAAGAUGGAAAAACAGUUCUUAAUUCGUGGUCAACAGCUAAACGUAUUCUAAGGACGGAUCCCAGAUACGACAAGACGCCAAGAAAAGAGAGGGAAGUUUUGUGGAGACGAUAUUCUGAGGAGAUGCUGCGGAAGCAAAAGUCAGCAGUUGGUCGUAAGGAAGAUAGGAAAACAGAUGCUAAAAGUAGAAGUUCUAUCGAUGCUGGGAGGAAUCCCUAUGGAUCUAGGGGUACUCACGAUCGGCGAUGAUGUUUUUGGUUAAAGCUUAGAGACUGGAACUUCAAGUUAAUUUCCCCUAGUCCUCGUAAUUUUGACUCGAGUAGGACGGGUGACGGCUCGAGCACCAAAACGACACUUCUGUAUUAUACGAAUUAUAUCGAGGUGAUUAAGCUGAUGUUGCUAGGUUUCUUGGUCGAAUAGUUGCUGUUGCCCAUAAAUUUAUGUCCAAUUUGCCUUCUCAGUUCUCACUAAACCGAUCCUUCUCAGUUGCCUCCGAAUCUUUUACGUUUCCCUCUUUUUGUAAUAUAUAUAUAUUUUCACUUAAUACAUAUCCCCCUUGAAUUUUGA